CGGGGAACGUGGAGCUGGACUGCUCGCUGCGGGCAGCUUCUCUGGCCCAGGUGAGCUCCGAUGGUGUUCCCAGGGAAAGGUUUCAACUUUUGGGGUUGCUGACAAAGCUCCCUCCUCCUGACCGCGUACUCUGACGCGGAGCCGUCAAAGCCAGUCCCGAUCUGCUGGGGACCGCACGCCAGGCUGCUUUGGGCUCGCUGUGGCUGGGUGGCCCAGCAGCAGUCAGGAAGCUAAAAAUAGCCCUCCGCGGGAGACGUGGGAAGGAAGAAAAGAGCCCGCGGGUGGCUGGUGAGAUGUCCCAGCUCGGGACAAUGGGCGCCAGGCUGGGACCGGACCUGGAAUUCCGGGUGGGCUAGGCAGGGGCGCGCAAAGAGGGCACGGCAUCCUGGCUUCGAGCAACGUGGAUAGGUCUGCGGGUAGCUCGCGGGGCUUCCAGGCGCAGUCUAGGUUCGUCCCAGAGCGCAAAACCGCAUGCGCCCGGUGCCCACUCAAACUUCGGGCACCCAGACGAGUACGCGCGGGGCUUGCAUCUCGCCUCUGGGGCGAGCUCACCUUCGCGCGCCGUUGGACGCUGUGUCCACGCCUCUCCUAGUGCUCCUCCAGUCCCUCGGCGGCGCCACUAACUAUGAGCGGCGGGAGCGCGCAUCCGCUUCCCAGGAUUCGGCCGAGAACCUGAGGGUGGCCAAGCGGUGGGCUCGGGAGAGCUGGGGGCGGUGCGGUGGCGCCCCGAGCCGGGGCCGGGAUCCACACGGAGCUUGAGUUCCACCUCCGCUAGCUGGGGCAACGCGGGGCGUGGUUUGGCAGGCGCCCAAACAGAGAGCCCUCCCCGCUCCGUGGCGCCGCGCGAUGAAGUUCAGCGAAAAGUUUGAGGCCAGAGGCAGCGAAACCCGGGAGUCUGUGCCAGCCCGGCGCUUCAGUUGUCACUCAGUUGCGGGGCUGAGCCCUGAACAAGCUUCGUUCCGCCCCAGGCCACUAUAGGGCACGGCAUUGUCGCCUCCCCAGCAAACCAGACCGACUGGGUAGGGCCGCCCGCCCUGCCCUCCCGUGGCUGGUAGCUCCUGGGCGGCCCGCCCUCGAGAGGCCCCGGGGAACUGGGCCACGCACCGCGAGACCCUGUGCCCACUCGCGCUCCGGCAAGGCAGGCGGUAGCUGUCGGCUCAGCUCGGGCUCGGCUCUCUCGCGACAAGGGCUGCUCGCACGAACGCAGCGCGCAUCGCGGCGGAGCAGGGCUCUUGGAGGCGUGCCACGGCCCCAGCUUCUCUGAAACUCGGGGCAGGGGACGCGGUGACCCGGCUGAGACUGGGAUCCUCGCUCAGCACUUCGUGCCUCGCGAUGUCUGCUCAAGUUCUGGGAUUUUUGCGCAACUGGACUCCCCUCUCCCUGGCAGCCCCACAGGAUCUGGCCGCUGCAGGGAAUGACGCGGUUACCCCCACAGCCCCGGCUCCGGGCGGGGAGGGCGAGCCCCACAGCCAACACCGCGACGCCCUCCUGGGCAGCACCGAUAAGGAGCUGAAAGCACGAGCCGCGGUCACCGGGGGCAGCGCCGCAACAGCGCCAGGGACCCCCUGGCAGCUGGAGCCGCCGGACGAGGCUAUGGAUCCAGUGGGAGGCCCCGGGGGCCUGCUCCCCCGGCCUUGCCGUGUGCUGGUGCUGCUGAACCCGCGCGGCGGCAAGGGCAAGGCCCUGCAGCUCUUCCAGAGCCUCGUGCAGCCCCUUCUGGCCGAGGCCGAAGUCUCCUUCACGCUGAUGCUCACUGAGAGGAGGAACCACGCGCGGGAACUGGUGCGGGCGGAGGAGCUGGGCCGCUGGGAUGCUCUGGUGGUCAUGUCUGGGGAUGGGCUGAUGCAUGAGGUGGUGAAUGGACUCAUGGAGCGGCCGGACUGGGAGACCGCCAUCCAGAAACCCUUGUGUAGCCUCCCAGCAGGGUCUGGCAAUGCUCUGGCAGCUUCCUUGAACCACUAUGCUGGCUAUGAGCAGGUGACUAAUGAGGACCUCCUGACCAACUGCACGCAGCUGCUGUGCCAGCGGCUCCUGUCGCCUAUGAACCUGCUGUCCUUGCACACCGCCUCGGGCCUGCGCCUCUUCUCUGUGCUCAGCCUGGCCUGGGGCUUCAUUGCUGACGUGGACCUGGAAAGUGAGAAGUAUCGGCGCUUAGGGGAGAUGCGCUUCACUCUGGGGACCUUCCUGCGCCUGGCAGCCCUGCGCACCUACCGAGGGCAACUGGCCUACCUCCCCGCAGGAAGCGCCGUCUCUAAGAUGCCCAGCUCCCCUGCUCCAAUGCAGCAGGGCCCUGUGGACGCACACCUUGUUCCUCUGGAGGAGCCAGUGCCCUCUCACUGGACAGUUGUACCCCACCAGGACUUUGUGCUGGUGCUGGCGCUGCUGCACACCCACCUGGGCAGUGAGAUGUUUGCUGCGCCCAUGGGCCGCUGUGCAGCUGGUGUUAUGCAUCUGUUCUACGUGCGGGCAGGCGUGUCCAGGGCCAUGCUGCUGCGCCUCUUCCUGGCCAUGGAGAAGGGCAAGCACAUGGAGUAUGACUGCCCCUACUUGGUGCAUGUGCCUGUGAUUGCCUUCCGCCUGGAGCCUAAGGAUGGGAGGGGUGUGUUUGCUGUGGAUGGGGAGUUGAUGGUCAGUGAGGCUGUGCAGGGCCAAGUGCACCCAGACUACUUCUGGAUGGUCAGUGGUGGCUGCAGGGGUCCCCCACCUAGCCAGGAAUCCCAGCAGAUGCCACCUCCAGGGGAGCCUUUAUGACCCAUGGGCCUGCUGUGCCUUUGUCUACUGUGUGUGGGCUGAGCUUGGGACCCUGUCCUUCCCCCAGGGCAGGAGGACCUGUCCACAGCUUUUGGAGUUGAUGGGGCCUCCUCUGGAAAAGGGUAGGAAGGUGGUAGAGGUUAAGCUUCGGGAGUUCGGGUUCUACCCACCAGAGGUCAGAACAAGGCCAGGGGCAGGAGCCCUGCUGGCUGGGCCAGUUGUCUGUGGAAAGUACUUCUGUCUGGAAGCUGUCCCAUGAAUUAAACUCCAAUAAAAGUGACAUU